CUCGUACCACCACCACCUUUUCUCUGUGCAGCAAUUCAUGGCGAUUGCUUCUUCCUAUGCGUGUUUUCUUCUCAGAAAGGACUUGGAAAUAUGCGUCCUCAAUGACUUGGUCGUCCUGGAUUGGUCCAAUGGUUAAUUGUCGAGGUGAUUUGCAGUACGAUACACAUCAGUAAAAACCUCAAGAGACCCGAUUCCCGCCGUUCUCGUUGUUCGCAGUCUAGCUGUUCGUCGAGUUGUUAUGCAGUGAAAGAUUUGCGAGCUCGCAAUAUAUUUUCCCAUUUCUCCUUCGCUUCGUCACAAUCGUCAUAAUGACAUCAUUUUCAGACCAGUAUAAAGGGUUGGAUGGAUUGCUCAUCGACCUUUUUACCAAUCCUCACAAUGGCUGCCCACACACCAACCACCACACGCUCGUACUACUUUCCUGCGCUUGGAUCCUACAACACUCUCACCUUACAGACUACGCCCCUUCCGCCCCUCAAGUCAACCUACGUACUUGUUAAAGUCCAUGCCGUGUCGCUCCAGUUCCGCGACGUGAUGAUCGCCUCGAACAAAUAUCCUCGAGGAGGUAUAUCAGAGAACCUCGUCCCAUGCUCCGACAUGGCUGGCGAGGUGGUCGCUGUUGGUUCUGACGUGACGCGCUGGAAGGUUGGUGAUAGGGUCUGCGCCAACUUUGCGACGGAGCACUGGGACGGAGAUGUCAACGAUGAUAUUGUCAAAACGGCUCUUGGUGGAGGACAACACGGCGUGUUGACUGAGUACAAGGCCUUUACGGCUCUUUGUCUGGUCAAAAUCCCCGAUCACUUGUCCUUUGAAGAAGCUUCGACGCUGCCUUGUGCUGCGCUUACUGCGUACAACGCACUCAUGGGACCGAAGCCAGUCAAAGCAGGAGAUACCGUCCUCGUUCUCGGAACAGGUGGAGUGUCCAUCUUUGGCUUGCAAUUCGCCGUCGCUUCUGGUGCCAACGUGAUUGCUACGUCCUCUUCUGACGACAAGCUCGAAGUCGCAAAGAAACUCGGUGCUACCCACACAAUCAACUACAACACGACGCCCAACUGGGACAAGGAAGUGCUGAGGCUCACCGAGGGAAGGGGUGUUGAUCAUAUUUUGGAAGUUGGUGGACCAGGAACACUUGAGAAAUCCCUGGCGUCGGUACGCUACGCAGGAUACAUCCAUAUCAUUGGUUCUGUAUCGAAGAAUACUCCUACGUUGACGAGUGUCAUUGGGCAGUGUACCGGGAAGGCUAUCAUCCUUCGCGGAAUUCUGGUUGGCUCUGUUGCACAGUUCGAGUCGAUGAACCGACUCCUUCGUGCUCGGCCCGAGCCGACGAGGCCGGUUGUCGAUAAGGUGUUUUCGUUUGAGGAGGCGGUGGCUGCGUAUGCGUAUUUGGAGAGUCAGAAGCAUGUGGGGAAAGUGGUUAUUCGGGUUAGUCCGGUGUCGGAGUAAGAUGCUUAUUUUUUUUGUCUCUGUGUACUAUUAUAGUUGCUAACUGACUCUGCACAUUAUUUUAUCUUCUCGGAAUUUUUCUUUCAUUUCCAUCGAAACUAACAUCACACUAGACAGUUGACCCAGUGAUGUCAUCCCCAUCCCUGCCUGAAGCGAUGUCAAUUCUUUUGAUUGUGCAAACUCUACAUUAGGAUGGUCUAAGGGUCGAUGUAAGUUAGAACCUAUACUGCAGUUCUUAAUGUACAUUCCUAGACCUUCGG